ACCCCCUUUAAUCUUACUCUGAAAGCUUCCCAUAUCCCAACUCAGCUUUCUCUCUUUCUCUUAUACCAUUCAUCACAAUGGGGUUAAGCAUCAGUAAACUCCUAUCCGGCUUGUUCGGUAAAACGGACAUGCGUAUCCUCAUGGUUGGUCUUGACGCUGCUGGAAAGACGACGAUUCUGUACAAGCUUAAACUUGGAGAAAUCGUGACUACUAUACCUACCAUUGGUUUCAACGUCGAGACGGUAGAAUAUAAAAAUAUCUCAUUUACCGUAUGGGAUGUUGGUGGUCAGGAUAAGAUUAGGCCUUUGUGGCGACAUUAUUUCCAGAAUACUCAGGGUAUCAUUUUCGUAGUUGAUUCUAACGAUCGUGAACGUAUUUCGGAGGCUAGGGAAGAACUUCAACGGAUGUUGAGCGAGGAUGAACUUAGAGAUGCCCUUCUCCUUGUCUUUGCCAACAAACAGGAUCUUCCAAACGCCAUGAACGCUUCCGAAAUCACAGACAAGUUGGGUCUUCAAGGACUACGUCAACGCGCUUGGUACAUCCAAGCAGCUUGUGCUACUUCCGGUGAUGGUUUGUACGAGGGAUUGGAAUGGCUCUCUAACAACAUCAAGAAACGUAGGCAGUAGGAUAACGAGGAAUGACGGCAGGGCCCAUUUUACAUCCUUUCCUUUUUCUCACUUCGAAAAAUGAUAACAACUCGCUCUCGAUUCUGUUUCUGCUUCUUUCUCGAUGCACGUUUUAUCAGAUAAUCUGACAUGAAACCAUGAUAUUCUUAGAA